AUGUCUAGAUUUUUGACACUUGGAAACAUUAGGAGAGUUGCGCAAUCCAUUUACACAAACCAAAGGAGCACUUAUUUAGAUGGAAGGAAAUAUGGGCCAGUGGUUACAGGUGGGCUAUACUCCUCUCAAUACAGGUUAUACUCGCAACAUAUGCUCCCAAGUAGGAGAUAUGCUUCAUUCAUGGUGUGCAAAGUCAAGGAUGUAUUUCGUGAUAGCACUUUUCCCAAGAAAUUUUCUGGCCUCCCAACGAGUAACACUACAGCAUAUCAAGCCCAAGUUGCUUGGAAGAGGCUUUCCCAGAGGCCUUCUCACAAUGGUCGAACUUUUUCCCCCAUUGAUAGGAUUGCCCAAGCAGUUAGCUUGGCAGUGAGCCGCUCUUAUGUGGUUGUUCCUGGUGUAGUUGCCUUGACGUGUGGAAAUGUAGCAUUGGCACAAAGAUCAGCUAAUACAGAUCCCAUACAUCCACCAAAUGCUUUGUAUCUGCGUGCAGAAGAAAGGCAUGCUUUUUUUAUCACAUUAAUUCUUUCAGUACUGGAAGGUGUAAUCUUGUUGCUGAGAGCUCUUUAUUUAGGUGUUUUAUUCUCACCUAGCAUAGCAAUGGCUCCAUUUGCUGAUUGUCUUGGACCUCAGUUUCGAAAAAUGUGGCUUCAGGUUGUUCAUCAGACAUUGGAAAGAGCAGGUCCAGCAUUUAUAAAAUGGGGCCAGUGGGCAGCUACACGGCCGGAUCUCUUUCCUCGAGAUUUAUGUACCGAGCUUUCAAAGCUUCACACCCAAGCUCCUGAACACAGCUUUUCCUAUACAAAAAAGACCAUUGAAAGAGCAUUUGGUCGUAAGCUUUCUGAAAUUUUUGAAGAUUUUGAAGAGGCACCAGUAGCAUCUGGAAGUAUUGCCCAAGUACAUCGAGCUUCUUUGAGGUACCAAUACUGUGAUAGAGAGAUCAAGCCUAUGUUAGUUGCCGUAAAGGUUAGGCAUCCUGGAGUUGGUGAAUCAAUAAGAAGAGAUUUUGAGAUAGUUGAUCUAAUAGCAAAGAUCUCAAGAUCCAUACCUACUCUGAAGUGGUUGAGAUUGGACGAAAGUGUCCUGCAGUUUGCGGUUUUUAUGAUGUCUCAGGUUGAUCUUGCAAGGGAAGCUGCCCAUUUGAGCCGUUUCAUUUAUAAUUUUCGCAGUUGGAGGGAUGUUUCAUUUCCAAAGCCUGUAUAUCCACUUGUACAUCCUGCUGUCUUGGUGGAAACUUUUGAGCAAGGGGAAUGUGUCUCACGCUAUCUUGAGGAGCUUGAGGGUCAUGAGAAAAUUAAAAGUGCACUUGCCCACAUUGGGACUCAUGCACUUCUGAAGAUGCUUCUGGUGGACAACUUUAUUCAUGCUGACAUGCAUCCUGGAAACAUCCUUGUCCGUGUAUCUCAGAACAAAUCUUCACGGAAACGGCUCUUCAAAUCAAAGCCUCAUAUUGUUUUCCUUGACGUAGGCAUGACUGCUGAACUUUCCAAGAAUGAUCGAGUAAAUUUACUGGAUUUUUUUAAGGCUGUUACUCGUCGAGACGGCCAUACUGCAGCAGAAUGCACGCUGAAAUUAUCAAAGCAACAGAACUGCCCUAAUCCAGAGGCUUUCAUUAAGGGAAACUUUGGAGUUGGCUACCCUUCUUUCUUUGCUUAAUUCGGUCUCUUUGCAUUUGUCGGUUGGGGAUUAAAGGGUUUGGUCUCUUGAUUAUUCUAGAAAUUUCUUUUGUGGUCCCUAUUUUCAAAAUUUGAUUGAUGAUUGAACCUCGAUGAUUGGAUGGCUAGAGUGGCUAUUAAGGUGCGGGUGCUUGUUUGGAUAAUUACUCAUGGUAAGAUGAAUACUUAUGAUUUGUUUCAAACGAGAAUAUCUAACAUUUAUGCUCUCUCCGAAUUUGUGUGUUUUGGGUAAGGAAAGUAUCACUUGUUCCUUCAUUGUCUUAUUGCUAAUUUCUUGUUAGCAUAAGCUUUUGUGGGAGGCACAUUUGAUGUUGGUAACACCUUGUGAUCAUGUGUCCCUACUUGUGGUAAAGUUUUGGUUGAUUUUGGGAGUGCGAAAAAGCGUCCAUGUUGUCGAGAUGUGUAUUUUUUGGCCAUUUCUUGGGUGGUCAGAUGGAGACUGAAUUGUAGAAUUUUUGAAGGGAAGGAGGAGGAGGAAGGCCUCAAUUGUAUUAUUAUUUAUCAAAGAACUAUGAAGUUGUGGCGGUUUAGCUGCAUAGGAUGCAAAGUUCCUGUUUAAAAUAAACAGGUAUAUAUAGUCGUUAAUUUUUGACUUCCAAUAUUCUUAUGCUUAGUUAAGCUAUUCUGGCAUUUUGUAUCUUAAAAAUUUGUGAUUCUUUUGAGGCUAUAUAUUUGCUUGCUCGGAGGUGUACAUAGUGGUGGUUGCAGUUUUUUUGUACCGUUCAUGUGUGCUCCAGGACAUUGCAUCCUGGGCACGGGACAUUUUUAUAGCUCACUGUAUUUGCCAUAGAAUAUGUACUGUUAAUGAUUUUUUCUUGUUUAGUUUGUAAUCACCUUGCUUUGACAGGAGGUGAAAGAGUCGUUCGAUUUUUGGGGUACUCCAGAAGGU